AAUUCAGACUCAUUCCCAGCACUGCUAUCCUCACGUACAGACAUGGCACCAGCGGCCUCGUCUCCCUCUGUAUCUCACUUCAAUGAACCCUUCAUAUCGGCCCUCGAUGCUGCUGCACCCAGCAAUGCAAGUGACGAUCCAAGUUACUAUGCCCGAUAUCCCCGGUCUCUCAUCACUACCUCUAAUAUCGACACAUUCAUGACCGGGACCGGCUCAUCCAUAUAUGAAUCUUUUGCUCCCCUUCUCGAAUCAGCAGACCACGAGCUCAUUCUCGUAACCUGUUUCUGGGCCAGAUCAGCCAGCUUGGACAUUCUCAACAGCGUGCUAAGAAAACUAUCAACCAAGGCCGUAAUACGAGGAACACAAAAGAUCAGAGUCCGACUUUGUUUUUCCUCUAGCUCCAUAUUCCAGAAGCUCUUCCACAGCCAAGGCGUCACAGGCCAGACAUAUCCACCAUCGACAUGGGUACAGAAGCUCGGCCUCCCUGACCCAUCAGAACUCCACGGCCUAAACCUGGAAAUCAAAUCCAUCUUCCUCCUCCCCUUCAGCGUAAUGCACCCCAAAUUCAUCAUCGUCGACCGCAAAACCGCCAUCCUACCCAGCUGCAAUAUAAGCUGGGAAGAAUGGUUCGAAGGCGCCAUCACCCUCACCGGCCCCAUUGUCACGCAGUUCCUAAAAUUCUACCGCUCAUUCUGGGAACGCAAAACAGAUGACCUAUCCACCCGCCCCCCUUCCUCUUCCUCAGACACCCCUCUCCCCCAACCCAAACAAACUUCCUCCUUAAAAUCCCACGUCACCCUCUCCGCUCCCGAAGCCCCCACAGUCUUCCUCCCAAGCCCCCACCACCGCAACCCAACCUUCUCCCCCCUCACCUCCUCCUCCCUCCUACAAGCCCCCCCAACCCCGCUAAACCUUUUUGUCCUCACCUUGUUUUCAAAAGCCGAGCGUAAAAUCACUAUUCAAACACCUAACCUAACGUCCCCGCCCGUCCUCUCCGCCCUCCUCCGCGCCCUCGCCCGCGGCGUCGACGUCAGGAUCUUAACCUCCAAACGCCUCAUGAUCCUCGAGCAAUUGGUCACCGCUGGAACUACUACCACGCGGUGCGUACGAAGGCUGAUACGGCGGUACCGUGCCUUAUCGUCCGAGCGCCAGGGGUUGAUCGAUGAGGAGUCGGCGAUUGCGGCGGGGCAGCCGGGACGGCUGGUGGUGUCGUAUUGGACGCCGUUGGGCGGGUUGAAAGCGAGAGGGGAGGAAGGAGGGGAGGCGCAGCAGUCGCAUUUUAAAAUGGUGAGUGUAGAUGAGGAGGUAGUGGUGCUUGGAUCAGGAAAUCUGGAUCGUGCGAGUUGGUUUACGAGUCAAGAGCUCGGCGUUGCGUUUUUCGGGAAGGAGGUUGUCAGUGGAAUUUUGGGGGCGGUGGAGGCGGGCGGGAGGGGGAGGGGGAAGGUGGUGUUUGAUAGUGGUGUUGAGUAA